AUGAAGCAACGGAACAAGCUGUAUGUGCUACUUCUGAGCUAUUUUGCAAUAUUAUCUGGUUGGAUUGUGGUGGCGUUCAAUGGCGAACCGCACUCAAGAGUACAUUUCGAAGGUAUGUUCUGAGACCCGUUAUCAAUUAUCGAAUUGAAAUCACACGCAAGUACAAGAUUCAGUCUUUAUGUACUGAGGCAUUUCUAUCAGUUUUCAUUCAUUUUGGCAUUGUAUUGUCACCGCUUAAGAGGGUUGUUUUGGAAACUUCAUACCCUCUUGAACAGAGUAAUUCAACAAUAAACCAUGCCAGCCUGGAGGGCAUCUCAUUAACUCGAAGGUAUUUUAAAUCAGUUUGAAGAUAUUGGCAUCAAAGAGCUCGGUCCUUGCUUAGCUACAAGAGUAAUUUGAACAAAAAUCAACAUCAUGAUGACACUUCAAAAUUGUUCAAUGUUUUGGCAGUUAAAUAUAUUAAGCGCCGGGAAGUAGUUGAAUGUACGGAAGCCGAAAAAGGACAAUCCAAAAAACAUUUUGCAAAUCCGAAAAAAUAUUGAGAAUCGCCAUCUUUUAGACAAAUUGCAAGGGGAGGGUCAUACUUCUUUGUAAGCUAUUCAAGUAGAGGGUCACACGCCUUUUCCAGAAUUUUUUAAUGAGGAUUUUUAUUAUGUUGCUUUCCAUUUUUCUUACAGGUAAAGUUUUUCUUUUCACUUUGAUUUAAUUUGGUGUUUUAUUAUAGGGUUCUAGUUUACAUUUCUACAUUUCAUGUAAAGUAUGCCAUAGCACAUAGUUUUCUUAGAGGAAUCGUGUCCUUUUCCAUCUGUAUUGAGAUGUACUAGACUCGGGUAUCGUUUCUUCAGCUUCUUGUCCUGUGGACUAUCUGCUGAUUAAGAAAAAAAAAUCCCAAAAUUCCCCACCCCUCCCCCCCAAGAAUUCACUGUUUCAAUGCAUAAUGAGCUUUAAAGAAUGCUGUAGGAGUGUUUAGAUUGAUAGGAUAAUGUUCUUUACAUAUGAAUUUAAGAUAGUGGAGGGAAUUGCAAAUUUUUUUGAGAAUUAUGCAACCCUUGAUGGAUAAAAUCCUUAUAUGUUCCAGUACACAAUCAGUGAGAGUAAAAAAAAUUAUCAGCUCGGGGUUGUUGCACUGACAUAAGAAUACCUAAACCUUUCACUCCCAAGAUCUUAUCAUCAAUUUUCAUCACUGUAUGCCAUACAUUUUUUUUAUGAUUUAAGUCUGGAGAAUUUGGUGUUGAAUCAAGCAAUAUCCCUGAGAUUGCUUUUUUUCAUCUCACUACCUUUCUUCUUGGCAAUUUAUUGAUAUAAACUGUGGGGAAAAAUUAUUCAUUGAUCACUUUGAGGGUGAUUGGGUGUAAGCUUUUUGAACUUACUUUAAAGGAAAUAUAGGCUUUACACAUAACAGGCAGAAGAUUUGUUAAGUAUCAGAUCUUGCCAGGUAAAGGGUGAGGAAGCAGGAAGCAGGAAGCAGUUUGUUUUUGAUUUCUGGUUAAGUAAGGAAUGAAGGAAGCAAAGUUUUGUCAAUUAAUUCUGUUAUCUUCGUAGUUGUCAACCACCACAUGGAGACACUGAAAACAGGGGGGAUAGAGAGUGGAAAUUACUCGGUGUUGUCAGUUGACAGCAGGUAUAAUCAACUACUCGUAGGAGCAAGGUGAGUUAUUAUAGGCUAAAACACUUUUUUAUGGUGCCAUAAUGUCCUGAUUUUCAAUACUCAUUUUCUACUGUAUUAUUGUUUUGUUAGACAUAUUGAGGUGGACAGUGCAUUUGUUUAAUAUGUUAUGUUAUGUUUUGCAGAGAAAAUGCAUUCCUAGUGGAUCUGGGAGACAUAAAUAGUUUUGAAGUAAGGGCUAAAUUUUUGGCAGUAGUGUUUUUAGAGGCUGUUCCGAGAUUAAAGUUUGGUGUGUUUUUAAUUAGUACUAAUAACUUUAUUUGUCUAUCUCAUACAGUCCUGGAAUUUGACCAGCCCAAGCCUUGGAUGUGAUAAAGGACAGGUGGAUAUAACAAUUGUUAAUUAAACAGCUUCAAAUGAUAAAUUGUUAUACAAUAUUUGCACAUUUUGUGAGCUUCAUGAUUGAUUGCUGUUAGAUUAACACCAACUCUUUUUCAGUAAAAUGUGAAGCAAUUUAUGACUUGGCUUUUCAGAAUUCACCCUGGUAUAGGGAUGGAUCCCAGAAAUUUGACAGAAUGGGUCUAAGGAAGCUGAGGGAGCUUGGGGUUUAGUAAUCAAGGAAUUCCAGUCUUUAAUUGAGGGUGUGUGAGGGAAGUUGAGGGCUUGUUGUAGAAUAAGCAAAUGUGUGCUGUCUUGUAAUGAAACUACAGGGUAUAGCCAUGAAUGUCUACCUUCCCAUCUAUGUUCCUCAAAACACUUACAAGUACUACAUUCCAAAAUCUAAAAUGUUCUUUGUUUUGAAAUUUCCUUCUGAAACCUUGACUCUAAAAGGACCAUAAUGUGAGAUCUGCAUUGUAUGUGAGAUGAUAGGGAUGCUAUUAUUUUUCAUCGGAGACUUUUUUGUUUGUCACUAUACCCUCCACAACCCUUGUGGGUCCAUCAUAGCCUGGAAGUUAAUUAGUCAGUUAUGUAAAUUAUCCCAGAUAUUUUUUGUCUGAUUGAGUGCUGUUAUUAAGUCUUGUCUAUCACAUCUUGAUUGUAGAAUGGUUCUUGCUAUAACUAUGUGAAGUUAAUGCUGCCAUUUGAGGAGAGGAUAUUUAUCUGUCUGACAGUGGGCUGCACCUGGAGAAAUGUAAUUAAUUAUUUGCCAUCUAAUUGAAGCAAUCCAGAUAAAAAGGAACUAAUGAGAGAGCCUUUUGUGCAACAGGUUCUCAGUUCCCUGAAAAACAGGAAAAUUUGAAACCUCUAUCUCCUGUCAAUGAAGAUUAUUAUAAUUUUGAUGCAUUAAUUGACUUCAAUAAGUGAAGGUCCAGAUUAGGAUAAAAACAUUUAUAACUAGCAAGUCAACACUUAAAGACCAAGCUUUUAAAAAAUCAGAGUUAUAUUAAGGGUCGAAAAUAACAUAGGCAAGAAGUGGCUUGCAUCAGGUAAUAACAAAAAGGAUGUCUCAAUUGGAAGGUGAAGACUCAUGUCUUAUUUACCCAGCUCAAGGGGUUGUACUGGGGAAUAUUGACCUGAAGUUGUGGCAGUAUGGAGCAUUAUGGCCAAAAAACCCCAGAAUGGCUAGUGGAAAGGAGGAGUAGAAAUGUGCAUAUUUAAAUGGUGAUUUUAGCUUAUUCUUUUUUUUUGAGAAUUUCUGCUCUAAAUCACUCAACAGUCUCUCUGUUAUUUUCAGAGGACAAAUUUGGAUGCAGCUCCAGGCAGAGAUAGUAAUCAGAAUGAGUUUAUAAAUGAUGAAAAUUAUUAUAGCAGACCAAGUCAAAAUGACACGGGUGUCAUAACAGGUUUGUGUUAAGAUGACUGUGAGCAUUUGAGAAGAACACUAGUGAACCUUUAUUUGGGUGAAAUCCCAUCAUGCAUCACAGAUCAUGAGAAAUCCUCAGAAAGCUAGGUUAAUGUUCUCUGGGUAUGGAAAUAAAGUGUGCAUACAAGAAAGGAUAUGAUUAAUUUGGAAAGAAAAUUUAAGUGUUGUCUUAUGAUGUCUACAUGAUGUAUAAACAACAUGGGCUCAAUUUUUGUUUGAGUGGAUGGUGCUAUCCAUUGUAUAAAUCACAGUCUAGUGUCUGAGUGGUAACAAGAUGUACUGUGCUAACCACUAAAAAGAGACUUGUGUAGUGGAUAGUGUUAUCCAGCCUUUCAACAACUGGAGCCAGACAAACAAGGUGUAAAGAUCUGUUUAUUUCAAACUAGGUUACAAUUUAUGUCUCAACAUUUUAACUACCAACAAAUUAGUAGACAGAACAGUUAUCUUAAAAAAGGAAACCUAUAAAAUCAAUGAACAGCAGGAAAUUAUUGACAAAAUGAAUUUGGCAGUUAAGAUGUGCUUUACAUUUUGUUUUCCUUGUGAAGUGGUUGCUGACGUUGUAGAGACUUAA